AUGGAUAGAGGGGAGUGGUCCCUGGAGGGGAGUGGUCCAUGGAGGGGAGUGUCCAUGGAAGGGGGAGUGGUCAUGGAGGGGAGUGGUCCUGGAGGGGGCUUAUCAUGGAUAGAGGGGAGUGGUCCCUGGAGGGGGAGUGGUCCUGGAGGGGCUUAUCAUGGCAUAGAGGGGGAGUGGUCCCUGGAAGGGGAGUGGUCCAUGGAGGGGGAGUGGUCCAUGGAGGGGGAGUGGUCCAUGGAGGGGGAUGUGCGGGAGUGCAAGGAGGACUUCAAGUACAUCCUGCUUCCUGUCAGCUACACUCUGGUCUUCGUGAUUGGCCUAGCCCUGAACUUCACGGCCAUGUACGUGAUCCUGUUCCGUACGAAACGCUGGAAGCCCUCCACGGUGUACAUGUUCAACCUGACAGUGUGCGACACCCUCUACAUCCUCACCCUACCCUUCCUGAUCUACUACUACGCCGACGAGAACGACUGGCCCUUCAGCGAGCCGUUCUGCAAACUCAUCCGUUUCCUGUUCUACGCUAACCUUUACGGUUCCAUCCUGUUCCUGUGCUGCAUCAGCCUGCACCGCUUUCUGGGCGUGUGUUACCCGAUUAGGUCCCUGAGCUGGGUCAGCGCCAGGAGAGCCCGGCUGGUGUCUGUGGCGGUGUGGGUGUGUGUGUUGAUGUGCCAGGCUCCCGUKCUCUACUUCUCACGGACCAGGGACGAGGGGACGGAGAGGGUGUGUUUCGACACCACCAGUCCAGAGUUAUUUCAUGACUUCCUGGUGUACAGCUUGGUGGUAUCUAUGCUGCUGUUUGCCUUCCCCUUCAUGGUGGUGAUGGUGUGCUAUGGACUGAUGGUGAGGAAGCUUCUGGAGCCCACCUGGGRGGCAGGAGGGAGCCAGUCGAGGGGAGUCGGGGGGAUCGCUCCUCAUCGCUCCAAACAGAAGUCUGUGAAGAUGAUCAUCAUUGUGUUAGCAGUGUUCAUGCUGUGUUUCCUACCCUUCCAUCUGACCAGAAGUCUGUACUACUCCCUCAGAUACCUGGAGCAGAUGGACCCCUCCCAGUGUGGACACCCUCUACAUCCUACCCUACCCUUCCUGAUCUACUACUACGCCGACGAGAACGACUGGCCUUCAGCGAGCCGUUCUGCAAACUCAUCCGUUUCCUGUUCUACUGCUAACCUUUACGGUUCCAUCCUGUUCCUGUGCUGCAUCAGCCUGCACCGCUUCUGGCGUGGUUACCCGAUUAGUCCUGAGCUGGGUCAGCGCCAGGAGAGCCCGCUGGUGUCUGUGGCGGUGUGGGGUGUGUUGAUGUGCCAGGCUCCCGUUCUCUACUUCUCACGGACCAGGGACGAGGGACGGAGAGGGUGUGUUUCGACACACCAGUCCAGAGUUAUUUCAUGA